AUGGCUAUGGCAGAUAGAAGACCUCUCGGCAUCCCAGUCGCUUCAACUCAUGCAUCUCCAACUUACAAUGCUAACUCGAGUAUGAAGCUGACCAUCUCUGAUUUAAAGGGAUCCUACCCCGAGAAUGAUAUCACCUCCUUCAACUCCGACAAGAGCUUGAGCCCCGACUUGUCGCCCACGCUGCGCAGCAUCUCUCCUGACUCGUUGAUGAACUCGGCCCAGGGUCUGGUAAAGAAACUGACGGCCUCCGUUAGUUCCAGAGACUCCACACCCCCAGCCGCCAACACACUGACCUCUGCUUCCAACUACUUCCCGAAGGCUACCAUUGCGGGUCCGAUUUUGGGCAAGAAACCCAAGAUUUCCACCCGGGUGCCUAUUGCAACUGGCAUCUCCACUACCAUUCCAGUGACUGGUGAAAAGCCCAAGCCGGAUCAGGAAGGCGAUGCCUCGUUGGAAGACGAUGUGUUGUACGCUAUUUUCUUGAUUUUGUACGAAAAAGACGCCGAAGGUGCUGGUAUGACCGUCAAGCAGAUCUGUGAUAUUCUCAUUGAGAGACAUCCAGAUAUGGCGCAGUUGUCCAGUAAGACGUCCAAUUUGGUGAGUGCCAAAUUGAAUGCAUACGUCAAACGUGUUGAGAAGGGUGACUCCAACUUGAAGUACGCCCUUUCCCGAGAAUGGGCCGAUGCUCUGCCCAAGCGUAUGGUUUACGUCUACCGUGGACUAUUGGCCAAGGACUUCCACGUCCACGUCAAGAAUGCCAUGGAUGUCCAGAAGCUGCAGGGAAACCUGAAGUUUAUGCAACUGGGCUCGACGUUCACCACUGACAGCUUCGAGGCUGCCAAGCAGUCGGCGUUGUUGAAGCAGCGCAGACAAACCAUGUUUGACUUGGGUUCGACUAGACCCACGUUUCUGGAAAGCCCAAUUGACCGCAGCAACUUGUUUGUUCCAUACUCCUCUGCCCCGGUGGCUGCAUCGUUCUCUUCUCUUCACGACGGUGACAGAUCUAAGAACGACGACGACGACGACGAACCGGAACAAGACCACGCAAGUGCUGCUCCUACUCCUACCACCACCUCUGUUAAGAAGCUCGCCAACGACUCGGACUUUGACUUUGACGAUUUGGAGGUGUUUAACGACACCGACGAUGACGCUUCAGACUUCACCAUUGAAACCAUGAAGAAGAAUGGUAAACGGUCUAAGUCCAUGUCCUACUUGUCUACUACCAAGAAGACAAAGUUUCUCACUGCCGCUGCUGCUGCUCCAAGAGCACCUAAGACUCCAUGUUCCCACAGUGCCAACGCAGCUGCUGCUGGCGCUGCCUUACAUGCUGCUGCUCUCAAGGCUAUUUCGGGCACCUCUUCUGGUCACAGCUCUCAAUCUUCUAGUGGCAGCACCUCGCCCAAGUCUCAGCGGAACUGGGCAACGGUGGUGCGUUCUGGAUUUUUGACCCAAGAGAUUGGUGCUCCGGAAGACCUCAACUUGUCUGAUUUGGACAAGUUUUUCAGUUGA